ACUGUCUCUUCGCUGCCAUGCAUGCAAGAAACCCGCUGAUGGGUGGAGAGGCAGGAGGGGAGGAUGGCAGACACAGCGAUGGUGGGAGAAGGACCAGGAGAUCGCUGGUGGCACUCGCCAUAGUGGGAGCAGUUGCUCUCACAGCGCUCAUGGCUCUGACCUGGUCACCCUCCAAGUCAAAUGUAGUUGUCCUCGACGAUGCGGAAGCCGAGGAAGCUGAUGGUGGCGAUGGCGGCGAUGGCGGCGAGUACGGGGUCUCAGCCACCUUGCAGCCUCGUGUGCUGGGCAUCAAGCACUAUCCUGAUCCUCAGGGUAUGCCGGAUGCAGGACUUAUCAAGAAGACAGUGGACAUGGACGCGCAGUCUCUCUUCAGACUGAAGCUCUUUGCUAGGAAGCUGCACUCCCUCCGCCUGGAGUCAGAUGAUUACUCUAGGAAGUGGAAACGGCUGCUCACUCAGGCACGGGAGCUGGGUGUAGACACAACCUCGAUGAAGAUGGCCGUCAGUACCCUCCACCGCCCCAUGGGAUUGCCAGGGCGGCGAGGAGUACCUGGACCGCAGGGACUGCGAGGGUUGGAAGGACCUCCAGGACGAAACCUAGUUGGACCAAGAGGGCCCAUCGGAUUCCCAGGCCUUCCUGGGGAGAUGGGAAAGCAGGGACGAUCUGGAAUGCCUGGACCAGCAGGGUACCCUGGACCUCAAGGGGUGGCUGGCAAGAAUGGACAACCGGGAACGCCGGGUGCAAGUGGUAUGCCAGGGAAACCCGGCCCUGUAGGAGAUACCGGGAUAGCAGGUCCUCCGGGCCCGAAAGGGACCCCGGGAGUGACAGGCCUGCCGGGCCCGCAGGGCUUUCGUGGCGUGCGAGGCGUUCGUGGACCUCCUGGACCUCCGGGCCAAGCGGUAUGGAGGUGUAGAGCUUGCAUGCUGAUGGCUGAACACAAAUGCAGGGACCCGAAGGCUUGA